UCCAAUCAACUGAAUGUCCCACAGGUGGACUCCAAUCCACUGAAUGUCCCCACAGGUGGACUCCAAUCAACUGAAUGUCCCCACAGGUGGACUCCAAUCAACUGAAUGUCCCCACAGGUGGACUCCAAUCAACUGAAUGUCCCCACAGGUGGACUCCAAUCAACUGAAUGUCCCACAGGUGGACUCCAAUCAACUGAAUGUCCCCACAGUGUGGACUCCAAUCAACUGAAUGUCCCCACAGGUGGACUCCAAUCAACUGAAUGUCCCCACAGGUGGACUCCAAUCAACUGAAUGUCCCACAGGUGGACUCCAAUCAACUGAAUGUCCCACAGAUGGACUCCAAUCCACUGAACGUCCCACAGGAGGACUCCAAUCCACUGAACGUCCCACAGGUGGACUCCAAUCUGCUAAACGUCCCACAGGUGGACUCCGAUCCGCUGAACAUCCCACAGCU